GGCUCCGGAAACCUACAUCUUUCAGCCUCCGUGGUUUUUGAGUUGCAAAUUGUCAGGGACUGUUGGACUGCAGGCAGCCUGUGUUGUUGACUGGAAGUCGAUUUCCAUCUUUCAGACACUAGUUAGAAUGGGCUGUUUUUUCUGGAAGGGGGUGGAAGUAGAGAGGAGGAAAUGCUGAGAGCAGAGUUCUUGAAGCUCCACUCCUCUGGGGACGCCGAGCUGUGAGGGAACCUUUUUACUGAGCGGAGAGCCCGUGAAUUGAAAGGAUCGUGAUAGCUGGCUAGUCCCAGUUCCUCUUCGGAAAAGCAGUUGCUCUCGCUUCAGAGAUGCGCCCAGGCUUCGCCUGCAUCACACUGCAUGCUUUAAUACAUUAUUGAAACUACAGACUCACAUCCACAGCGGUUGCAUGUUAAUAGAUUGCAUAUUUUGAAAGCCUGAGGUAUUUCAUAUGAAGUAUGCAAUGUGGAAACUUUGAAGCCUAGAAGGCUGUGAAACCCCUGAAUAAAGAAUUCCUUACCUGGUAUGUAAGAGAACUCCUCGCCACCACCAUGACAAACCAGGAAAAGUGGGCCCACCUCAGCCCCUCAGAAUUUUCCCAACUUCAGAAAUAUGCUGAGUAUUCUACAAAGAAAUUAAAGGAUGUUCUUGAAGAAUUCCAUGGUAAUGGUGUGCUUGCAAAGUAUAAUCCUGAAGGGAAACAAGACAUUCUUAACCAAACGAUAGAUUUUGAAGGUUUCAAGCUAUUUAUGAAGACAUUCCUGGAAGCCGAGCUUCCCGAUGAUUUCACAGCACACCUUUUCAUGUCAUUUAGCAACAAGUUUCCUCAUUCUAGUCCAAUGGUAAAAAGUAAGCCUGCUCUCCUUUCUGGUGGUCUGAGAAUGAAUAAAGGCGCCAUCACACCUCCCCGUACUUCUCCUUCGAAUACGUGUUCCCCAGAAGUGAUCCAUCUGAAGGACAUUGUCUGUUACCUGUCUCUCCUUGAAAGAGGAAGACCCGAGGAUAAACUCGAGUUUAUGUUUCGCCUCUAUGACACAGAUGGGAAUGGCUUCCUGGACAGCUCGGAGCUAGAAAACAUCAUCAGUCAGAUGAUGCAUGUUGCAGAGUACCUUGAAUGGGAUGUCACUGAACUUAAUCCAAUCCUCCAUGAAAUGAUGGAAGAAAUUGACUAUGAUCAUGAUGGAACGGUCUCUCUGGAGGAAUGGAUCCAAGGAGGAAUGACAACAAUUCCACUUCUUGUGCUUCUGGGCUUGGAAAAUAACGUGAAGGAUGACGGACAGCAUGUGUGGCGACUCAAGCACUUUAACAAACCUGCCUACUGCAAUCUUUGCCUGAACAUGCUGAUCGGUGUGGGGAAGCAGGGCCUCUGCUGCUCCUUUUGCAAGUACACAGUCCACGAGCGCUGUGUGGCUAGAGCGCCUCCUUCUUGCAUCAAGACUUACGUAAAGUCCAAGAAGAACACUGAUGUCAUGCACCAUUACUGGGUUGAAGGCAACUGCCCAACCAAAUGUGAUAAGUGCCACAAAACAGUCAAAUGUUACCAGGGCCUGACAGGACUGCAUUGUGUUUGGUGUCAGAUCACACUGCAUAAUAAAUGUGCUUCUCAUCUAAAACCUGAAUGUGACUGUGGACCUUUGAAGGACCAUAUUUUACCACCCACAACAAUCUGUCCAGUGGUACUGACUCUGCCCACUUCAGGAGUUUCAGUCCCUGAGGAAAGACAAGCAACAGUGAAAAAGGAAAAGGGUGAUUCCCAGCAGCCCAACAAAGUGAUCGACAAAAACAAAAUGCAAAGAGCCAACUCCGUUACUGUGGAUGGACAAGGCCUACAGAUCACUCCUGUUCCUGGUACUCAUCCGCUUUUGGUUUUUGUGAACCCCAAAAGUGGUGGGAAGCAGGGAGACCGAAUUUACAGAAAAUUCCAGUAUCUACUAAAUCCUCGUCAGGUUUACAGUCUUGCUGGAAAUGGACCAAUGCCAGGGUUAAAUUUUUUCCGUGACGUUCCUGACUUCCGAGUGUUAGCCUGCGGUGGAGACGGAACUGUGGGGUGGAUUUUGGACUGCAUAGAAAAGGCGAAUGUUGUGAAGCAUCCUCCAGUUGCCAUUCUGCCUCUUGGAACGGGCAACGAUCUAGCAAGAUGCCUGCGAUGGGGAGGAGGUUAUGAAGGUGAGAAUCUGAUGAAAAUCCUAAAAGACAUUGAAAACAGCACAGAAAUCAUGUUGGACAGGUGGAAGUUUGAAGUCAUACCUAAUGACAAAGAUGAGAAGGGAGACCCAGUGCCUUACAGUAUCAUCAAUAACUACUUUUCCAUUGGCGUGGAUGCCUCCAUUGCACACAGAUUCCAUAUCAUGAGAGAAAAACACCCAGAGAAGUUCAACAGUAGAAUGAAGAACAAAUUUUGGUAUUUUGAGUUUGGCACAUCUGAAACUUUCUCAGCCACCUGCAAGAAGCUACAUGAAUCUGUAGAAAUAGAAUGUGACGGGGUGCAGAUAGACUUAAUAAACAUCUCUCUGGAAGGAAUUGCUAUUUUGAAUAUACCGAGCAUGCAUGGAGGAUCCAAUCUCUGGGGAGAGUCUAAGAAAAGGCGAAGCCAUCGCCGAAUAGAGAAAAAAGGGUCUGACAAAAGGACCACGCUCACAGAUGCCAAAGAGUUGAAGUUUGCAAGUCAAGAUUUGAGUGAUCAGCUACUGGAGGUGGUUGGCUUGGAAGGAGCCAUGGAGAUGGGGCAAAUAUACACAGGACUGAAAAGUGCUGGACGGCGGCUGGCUCAAUGCUCCUCUGUGGUCAUCAGGACUAGCAAGUCUCUGCCAAUGCAGAUCGAUGGGGAACCAUGGAUGCAGACCCCAUGCACGAUAAAAAUUACACACAAGAACCAAGCCCCAAUGCUGAUGGGCCCUCCUCCAAAAACUGGGUUGUUCUGCUCCCUCGUCAAAAGAACAAGAAACCGAAGCAAGGAAUAACCCUGUAUCAUUUCAUUCUUAGAGGUCUAAUUAGCAUAAUUGGGCCAUGGAACACUGAUGCUGGAAAUCUUUGAACCAUUUCAAGUCUCCUGUUCAUGCAAAAUCAUGGAAUUGGUUUAACAGUUUUUGUUACUGAGCUAAUGUAAAAUUCAGCUAUUAGAAAAUUUAUUGUCUCAGUUUUUAUAGGCAUCUUUGCAUGAAGAAAGCAGAAGUUUACAUGAAGUGAUACUGCAUAUUUUUGUUGCAUGCAUCCCCAUAGAUUUUUAUGUCUCUCACCCACUCCUCUCCCAACUUCCAUUUACUAACCUCUAUGAAAAACCUGUGAAACAUAAAAAAGGAAGUACCACGGGAAAUAUGAUUCUCAGUGUGGUUCCAAUUAUUAAUAAGCAGUAAUCAGUAAUGCUACAAUGAUCAUAAUCACAGAUUGCUAUACUUUUCCCUUUUAGAAUAAAACAGUGUAUUGAUGAUCUUUAACCUAUGACUUCAGGAGAAACUUUUAACUGAAAGAUUUUAUUAAAUAGUUGUCUAUGAUACCUUGCUGUACCUAAAUAGGUUUUCUUUGACGUCUUAAUGCUGCUGAGUGGAAUUUAAAAUAUCAGGUAUAAAGUUUUCUUGUGCUGAAAAAUAGAAAGUGGUUUUGAUUCUGUUUAGUUUGUUUUUAAUUCCAGAAAUAAGUGAAAACAUGUUACUUGGCAGUCAAGUGUGGUAAUAUGACAAGCCUUAUGCCUUUCUGCAUGUGAAUCUACAAGAAAAUUCAUAACCACACCAGUAACCAAAUAUUGAUGUUUUAAACUAUGUGCCUAAUAAACUGUGUUUCCCACCAAAGAUUCAGGAAAAGAUGCUUGAGAGAAAUGGGUUAAUGCACAAUUAAUUAAACAUUGUGGAGAAUAUUUAUAGUCUUAUGUUUAAUUUUGUGAUGACCAAAACUCUGGAAAAAAGUGAAUUACCCAUUAAUUCUAAUUAAAAUUCUCACUUUCACAGACAAUAGGCCAUACAACACAGUUAAAGCUCAAUAGCUGAUUUCUUGCUUUUUUCUGUCGUUUAUGAGUAUAGAUGUCUGUAAUUUUUAAUGGAUCAGUUAAGUACACUUGAGAAAGUAAAUGAUUGUAUCAGUUCCUUUCUAGUAUAAAUUGCUACCUGUAAUAAUAUUGAACUCAUUGAAGCAAAUCAUGCAUGCAAUUAGCAACGCCCCAACUCUAGUCCCAUCUCUGUGACAUUUCAAAUGUUUAUUUGGAAAUAAUGACCUGGGUCAUUGUUUAAGGUGUUCAUGGCAUGGUUGGAUUCUCUGAUUGUUUAAAGAAAUUAUGGACUAGUAUUUGCUUAGUGUUUCAUUAAACCUAUGGUAUAAAAUGAAAUGCUACUCCCAGCAGUUUUGGUAUUGUUCGUUCUUAUUGACCUGCAUCUCAUCAUUGCAUGUUUUAUGUUUUCAAACAUGCCAUAAGGAAAGCAAGUGCUUGAAAUGCAUGAUUUAUUAGUUUCUCUCUCCACUCUGCAUUAAAGUACUAAUGAUUUA